AUGGCUCCUCCCCGCGUCCUGGUAUGCCUUGCCAUCGUCGUGUCUCUCGUCACCGCCGCCGCCGCCGCCAAGCCAUCCGUGCUCGAGCUCAUCGCCCUCGCUGGCCGGGCGCUGCAGGAUCGGCUCGCUUGGAUGCAGCCCGAGACCAUGUCGGCGUCUCCGACUUCCAGGGCUACCACUACCGCCCCAACGGCGACCUCGCGCUCGCCACCUCCGCCGCACGCCGAGUCCGGGCCCGCCUCCGCGUCUGCGACACCUGCCACCCCAUCGGCGACCUCGGGCUCGCCACCUCAGCCGCGCUCCGAGUCCCUGCCCGCAUCGGUGUCUGCAACCGAGGCCACCCCUACCACCGCAUCGGCGACCUCUGACUCUCCACCCCCCGCGGAGGAACGCACGUCCACCUCUUCCCGCGACACCCACGCGUCCAAGGCGAAGCCCGAGCCCUCACCAGCGCCUCCAACCUCCAGGGGCACGCCAACCGCCCUACCGGCGACCCCGGGGUCGCCAUCUCCACCAUCAGCGCACCCGUGCUCCUCCACCCGCGCCGCGCUGCAACUCCCGUCCUCUGCCAUCAGGGAUGGUCCGCCAGUACGUGCCGACUCCCACGACCACCACAGGACAGCUGGGGCACCAUCCGCGCCACCGGCGAACCAGAUGGACCCGCCGCGCCUGACCACCGCGCCCACGUGCAAGCUCGUCUCGUACAUAGGGGGCAGUGGCACCGACGCGUCCGAUGUCUUCCGUGCCGAUGAUGGCCGCUUGCUCGUCAUCCGCCAGGGCUGUGCCGCCUGUGGGACCUCCACGGCGACCGACGAGGCCAUCAACGACGACGAUGCACUGGGGUCAUCAGAGGACGACUCUGAUUCCGACUCCAACGAUGGCUGGGAAUCCGACGAAGAGGGCUUCUUCUCGGAGGCAAUGUCGAAGUUGUGCGAGGGUCUCACCUCUUUCGGCGGUGCUCUGGAGAUGAUGUUGUGA